GGGCUGUUUGGGUAUAUCCCGCCUUUUUGUCUUCUCGCCAGUGGUCUACUCACCUGGAGCCCGGGUGUGCCUGGUCGCCCUGAAGAACAAACACAUAAUAAAGAGUGACCCAUCCCACCAAAGAGAAGAACCAAUGACAACACCGGGGACGCCUGAAAUAGAGGAAACCAGCCCAAUGAAUCUAGGAGAAGAAGAGCCACCAGCCCCAGCCCCAAAGCUGUUAUGCUUAAGUGCUUGUCACUUUGAAUGGAAACGGCUCAUGUGUCGCCUAUUCUGUCUGAUGGCCGUCAUCUUGAUGAUGAUGCUCUUCUGGCUGAUGCCCAGCGGAGCCCCCAGGACAGAACCAACUAUUCCCCAUCUCAAGAGGUGGACCCAUGACAAUUCCCAUCUAACUGAAAUGACUCAAGAGCACAUUCACCCUUGGAUGAACAAUGCCUGGUACCGAUACCUAUACAAUACAAUAGAGACUUUAGACUAUCGUUUUGGACUGUUUUUGAACGCUUCCACCCGCAUUGACAAAUCACAGAAUGAAGAAAUUGAUGCAAUCCGCAUCACUGUCAUGCAACACCGAGUAGCUUUAGACAUUAUUCUUGCAGAGAAAGGAGGUCUCUGCGUAUUGUUUAACAUGACAUGUUGCACCUACAUACCUGACAACAUACACUCAUUAAACAUGACAAAUGCUUUGAAUGUUCUGAAACAACUGAGAGACGCUCAACAACAGGACUACGUAGCCGAUAAGCAAGGCUGGUGGGACUGGUUGCUGAGCGGCUCCUGGAAAUCUUUGCUGAUUAAAGGCCUGUUGGCCCUCUGCAGUAUGAUGUUACUAUUUUGCAUUUUUGCUGCUUGUAUUAUUCCAUGUCUGAGAAGUAUGGUGAUGAACAUGUUUAACCGUACUUUAGGAAAUUAUGUCCUGAUCCAGAGAAAUGUUGAGGAUCCCUUUCGCCAGUAUGAUAUGCUGAACAUGGAGGAAAGAGUGGAGAAUCUCUACUCUUAAUAGAGCUGUUGUUUAAAUACUUCACUGAAUGACAUGCAAGUUGAAAAUGUGAUUUAACAAGUGACUAUGCAUUGAUUUAAACCUGUGAAAUAUAUUAACAUCAGGAGGGAAAUGUUAAGAGAUUUUUCUACAUUAUACAAUAUAACCAAAUCUCUAUAAUACAAUAUAAUCAAGUGUGCCUUAUAUUUUGUGUGUUCAUAUAUUUUCACAUAACCAAGCUUAUUGUUAAGGAGAACAUAAUGCAUUCCUUACCUCAGUGUGUGAUGUCAGAUAAGCAUGAUAUACUUCUGCAUCGUUAUUUUCAGUGUAUGUGUGCAAGGUCAGAUAAGCUGAGAUAAUGCCUGACCUCUCCCUUUUCUGUUAAAAGAGGAAGUACUAUGUAACCAGUUUUACCCUAUAAAUAAAGAACCAAGCCUGCGCUCAGUGUGUGUGUCUACUCAGAGGCAUUCACCCGUGCGCACGU